AUGUCUGCUGAAGAAGUUGCUGCCAAGGUCGAAGACCUUUCUUUGGAAAAAAAGGCUGCUCCUGCUGCUGCCCCUGCCCAACCUAAGAAAAAGAAGGAAAAGAAAAACAACGUCGUUGCUUCUAAAGAUUUCAUCGACCCUCAACCAGAAUUCAUUGACUACAGAGUUAAGAUCUUUGAAGAAUUGCAAAAAGAAUACAACGACUCUGUUGAUGCCAAGGCCUCUCAAAACAAGGAAAUCACUAUCACUCUCAGAGAUGGUGCCACUAAGCCUGCUGUCGCUUGGGUCACUUCUCCAUUAGAUAUCGCCAACCAAAUCGGUAAAGGGUUCGCUGAUAAGCAAUGUAUCUCUAAGGUCAAUGGUGAAUUGUGGGAUUUGGUCAGACCUUUGGAAGGUGACUGUAAGCUCGAGUUCUUUGACUUUGAAACCGAUGAAGGUAAGCGUGUUUUCUGGCACUCUGCUGCCCACGUUUUGGGUGAAGCUUGUGAAUGUAACUUGGGUGCUUUGAUUUGUUUGGGUCCUCCAACCAGCGAAGGUUUCUUCUACGAAUUCUCUGUUGGUAACGAAAACUCUAUCUCUCAAUCUAACUUUGGUGGGUUGGAAAACGUUGCCAAGAAGGCCAUCAAGGAAAAGCAAAAGUUUGAAAGAUUGGUUAUGAAGAAGGAAGACUUGUUGAGAAUGUUCAAAUACUCCAAGUACAAGACCUACUUGGUCCAAACCAAGGUUCCAGAUGGAGGUGCCACCACCGUGUACAGAAACGGUCCAUUGAUCGAUUUGUGUGUUGGUCCACAUAUUCCACAUACCGGGAAAAUUAAGGCUUUCAAAUUGUUGAAGAACUCUGCUUGCUAUUUCUUGGGUGAUGCCAACAAUGACUCUUUGCAAAGAAUCUACGGUAUUGCUUUCCCAGAAAAGAAAUUAUUGACCGAACAUCUUGAAUUCUUGAAAGAAGCUGAAAAGAGAGAUCACAGAAAAAUCGGUAAAGAACAAGAAUUGUACUAUUUCAAUGAAAUGUCCCCAGGCUCUUGUUUCUGGUUGCCUCAUGGUACCAGAAUCUACAACACCUUGGUUGAUAUGAUGAAGACCCAAUACCACAAGAGAGGUUACCAAGAAGUUAUCACUCCAAAUAUGUUCAACACCAAAUUGUGGGAAACUUCUGGUCACUGGCAAAACUACCAAGAAAAUAUGUUUUCUUUUGAAGUCGAAAAGGAAAAGUAUGCUUUGAAACCAAUGAACUGUCCAGGUCACUGUUUGGUCUAUAAAUUUAGAGAAAGAUCUUACCGUGAAUUGCCAUGGAGAGUUGCUGAUUUCGGUGUUUUGCACAGAAACGAAUUCUCUGGUGCCUUGUCUGGUUUGACCAGAGUUAGAAGAUUCCAACAAGAUGAUGCCCAUAUCUUCUGUCGUCAAGAUCAAAUCGAAGACGAAAUCUCUGGUAUCUUUGAUUUCUUGCAACACGUUUAUGGUGUCUUUGGUUUCGAUUUCAAGAUGGAAUUGUCCACUAGACCAGAUAAGUACAUUGGUGAAAUUGAAACUUGGAAUUCUGCCGAAGCUAAGUUGACCAACGCCUUGAACAAAUUCACUGACAAGUGGGAAAUCAACCCAGGUGAUGGUGCCUUCUACGGUCCAAAGAUCGAUAUUAUGAUUUCCGAUGCUUUGAAGAGAUGGUUCCAAUGUGCCACCAUUCAAUUGGAUUUCCAAUUACCUCAAAGAUUUGAUUUGGAUUUCAUGACCGAUUCCGAAGCCAGAGACAGACCAGUCAUGAUCCACAGAGCCAUUUUGGGUUCCGUUGAAAGAAUGACUGCCAUCUUGACCGAACAUUAUGCCGGUAAGUGGCCAUUCUGGUUGUCUCCAAGACAAGUUUUGGUUAUCCCAGUCGGUGCCAAGUACGAAGAAUACGCUGUUCAGGUCAAAGAAAAAUUGUAUGCCCAAGGGUUCUGGGCCGAUGUCGAUGUCAGUGGUAACACCUUGAACAAGAAGAUCAGAACUGGUCAAAUGUUGAAGUACAACUUCUUGUUCAUUGUUGGUGAAGAAGAACAAAAGGCCGGCGCUGUCAAUAUCAGAAACCGUGACAUUGAAGAAUUACAAACCAAGACCGGUGCUGUGGCUUUGGACGAUGUUAUCAAGCAAUUGACUGACUUGAAGACUUCUCAAAGAAGUGACAACAAGAUUUAA